AUGGAUGAUAAUUUAAAUAAAGAAUUAGUAGCAAUGGCUAUGACUCUGAUAAAGAUCCGCUAUGGUUAUUGAAGACUUCUAAAAGUGAACAUAUUAAGGGCUAAGAUUAAAGUAAGAAAUAUAAUGCAUUUUUUUCUUCAAACUUAGAAGAUAUCUUUGAUAUUAUUGUGUAUGUAUAUAUACAUUAUAUUAUAACUUUUUAUUUAGAUAAAGUUGAUGGCACUGUUGUAAUAAGUCCUUAUCAUCCUGCAAAACAAGCACAAACAAAUAAAAAAGAUUCGUUUAUUUUGGAAAACCGGAUUAAUUCACUAACUGGACAAUGGUUUGUGGGAAAAAAGACCAUUGAUCCCUUAAAAUCUACAAGUGACCUAUCCAUAAAUACUAAAAGAUCUCUUUUCAAAGAAAAUAUCCCUCAAAAUUUGUCAGGUAAUUUGUAUAUAUUUAUAUAUAUUUUUAUCAAACACUUAAUAUAUUAGAAUUAUGUUCAAAAAAUAUGUGUUGAUAAUUAAAAUAAUAUAUAUUUUAUAUAAUCAUCACAUGAUUAUUAAAAUAUCACAGUAACAUGAAGAUAAGGAUUUGUAUUUUUUAUUUAUUUUUACUUAUGUAAUGAGCGUUAUAUAUUUGUAAAAAUGAAAUAAUUAAAUUGUGUGGUCUUGCUUUCAAUAUUGUUAUCUUUUAAUUUUGUAAUAAUUGUUUUUACUCUAAAAACAAAAUCAAGGGAGUUCUACUGAGUUAUUUUUUUACUUUAUUGCCGGUAAAUAGACAAAGACGGCAAAUGUUACUGUGAUACCCUUUAAGAAAAAAGUUCUAAAAAUUUAAUUAUAGUAUUUUAUUUAAAAAAUAUUAUGUAUCUGUUAUAUUAUUAUCUAAUAUUUGUUUUACUUUUUUAAAUUUGAAUAGAUUUGAAGAACUAAUUAAUUAGAACACAAAGUUGAAACUUGACAUAUAGAAUUGAUAGCAUAAAAACUAUAGACUAUAGUCUAAACUAUUCAUUUAAAUAUUGAAAAAAUGUUUUCCUAUCAAAAACAACAAUGGAGAACUUGUAUAAUUUGAAUCUUCAAUUGCAAAUGAUAAAGAACAUUGUAAUGUAUUGGUAACUUUUUUCUUUAAAAUCAAUAUAUAUUUUUAUUUGAAUGAUAAUAUUAUUUAAAUUAUCUAUUUUACAGGUAUAAAUAUAUCUUUAUUAAUUGCUGGCAGUAUUGAGAACAGUUUUCAAAGGAUUUUAUCUAGAACAUUUCAUGAUGAGCUAGUAAACAAUUCAUUACUAGAAUUAAAAAAAAAAAACAUUUUUGAAUUUACUUAGUUAUCGUUUAUUAAUUGGUAAUUUAUUUUAUUUUGUAAAAAUUAUACAGGGUAAUUCACUAAUCGUGGUCACCCAAUUUUUUUUUUUUUGUUAAAUUUUGUAUUUAUUCUAAUUCUGAUUUUUAGAAUUUUCAAGUGUAGCUAAAGCCGGUAUUUUCAAAUACUUAUAUUUUUCAUAACAUUUAAGAAGUCGCCUGUGGUAAUAUUAACUUUGGUUUUUCACAUGAGAACCUAUAUUAAAAAUUCCACAGUAGUGGAUUAUCGUUUGUUGUGGUGACACGGUAUGCUGCGUUUUAUUAGGGCACCACUACUCUCCCUAAACCUAAACUUAAAAGUGAAAUAGCUCUUUAAUGGGUUAACGUAAAUUAAAAAUUUAGAUACCAAAAUUAAUUUUAAAUAAUAAUCCAUCUUUUUAUGGAGUUUUUAAUAUAGGUUCUCAUUUGAAAAACCAAUGAUGGUAUCACCCCAGGAUAUUACUUAAAUGUUGUGAAAAAUCUAAGUAUUUGAAAAUAUCGGCUUUAACUACUCUUAAAAAUUCAAAAAAUCAGAAUUUGAAUAUGUGCAAAAUUUAACAAAAAAAAAAAAUGGGGUGAGCAUGCUUAGUGAAUCAUCUUGUAUGCAUUUAUUAAUUAACUGAUUUUUAUAGUAAUAAUAAUGUAUAUUUUUUUUUUAUUUAGUUUUAUAUAUUAUUAUUAUAUAAUAGUAUAACCUUUAAAUUUGUGUUAUUUUGUUUAUUUUAGAUGCUAUCAGAUCACAUGCAAAAUUUAAAAUGAUGACAGAAAAAUAUAUUGAUACAUCUAUUUCAAGUUGGCUCUCUCAUGCUCCAUUUAGAUUAGUAAAGUAA